AUGCAGCGGAGGGACAUUGAGUUCGGAGUGGGUGAUCAUGUGUUUCUUCGAGUGACACCACGAAAAGGACUCUCAGUAAAGAGAUUUGGUAAGAGAGGGAAACUAAGUCCUAGAUAUGUUGGUCCAUUUCAGAUAUUGGAUAGAGUGGGCAGUGUAGCUUAUAGAAUAGCUUUACCGCCAUCAUUAUCUGGGGUGCACAAUGUAUUUCAUGUAUCUCAACUCCGGAAAUAUGUGUCAGACCCAUCGCAUGUUUUGAGCUAUGAAAGGCUCUUGGGUUUGCAGGAAGAUUUGUCCUACAAUGAACGUCCGGUAAAGAUUCUUGAUCAAAAGGAUAGGAUUUUGAGAAAUAAGACAAUUACCUUGGUGAAAGUCCUAUGGAAAAACAGCGUGGUUGAGGAAGCUACUUGGGAGCUAGAGUCUGAUAUGCGAGAACAAUAUCCAAAAUUAUUUGAGUAA